CCGGACGGCACGACGAUGUUCGUAAGAAGCAGUGUUGUUUUUCUUCCUCUGGAGCUAGGUUGGAUUCACUGGCCGGAAUUGACUCGCGUUUAUGGCGGCUAUCGACAAAGUUCGCGUUCUAGUUGUAGGCGAUUCCGGCGUCGGAAAGACCUCUUUGACCCAUUUGAUAUCAAACAAUGAACCACUUACCUCGCCAGGAUGGACUGUUGGCUGUGCAGUCGAAGUAAAGCUGCACGAGUAUAAGGAAGGUACUCCAUCACAGAACACGUUCUUCAUAGAGCUAUGGGACGUAGGAGGGUCGAUUAGCCAUAAAAACACCCGAGGUGUAUUCUACAACCCAACGCAUGGUAUUGUCUUGGUACAUGACUUGACGAAUAAAAAAAGCCACGAGAAUUUGCAACGAUGGCUAUUAGAAAUUUUAAACAAAGAUGGAAAAGACAUUAUCAAAGGUGGUGAUGUUCUCGACUUUGACCCAGAACAAUUUCUUGGCUCAACCCAGUUAAAAUAUUCUCAGAUACCCAUUUUGGUGAUCGGAACUAAAUUGGACAUGUUGGACGAACAUCAUAAAAACAAGAUCCUCAACAAAACUUCAGCUGGAAGCAUAGCAGAACAAUGCGGCGCGGAUGAAAUUUGUCUGAACUCCCAUGAAGCUAGGAGCCUGGCAGCAGGAACGACAGAUUCAGUCAAGUUAUCACGAUUUUUCGACAAGGUGAUUGAGCGUAAAUAUUAUAGCAGAGAUACUGGCCGUAAAUAUGCUGGGUCGUACAACCCAUCCCUCCCUGGCCAGUACAACACUUUCAGUGGAACGCAGCAAACCAGUAUUUACAGUCAACCAUCUUCAGACACAAUGGAAUAGCUCGUAAUCCUGGGGUGAUCAAAACUGUAUUACAUAGGGAAUCACUAUUUUAUUCAAUAAUUAUGAUUUGUAUAAUAAAUUAUGUGAUAUGGUCAUAUCUGUGUAGAACCGAA